AUGAAGGGUAUAACUAAGAGUGUAACUAUGGAUAUUUUAGAAGUUACUUCAUGUUCGAGUGGACGUGUCCGUAUCAACGUUAAGGAUCACCGGCGACUGCUAAAGCCGUACACAGCUUCCAUUAACAUUGUGGUAUCGGUAUGUAUCGUGUGUUUGUGCCGCGCGGCUAUACCUCUGCUGACGACGUUCGCCUUUGUCGGUGCGCAUUCCUUGCGCUCGCGCAGCUCGCCCCUCGCCCCGCGCUGCCGCUGUGAUCUCGCCGCUCGACACGCCCCCGCGACACAGGCCGCUGCCCACAGACAUGUGUCGCGCCCCGAGCACGCUUCGCAGAACAAUGGACCGCGCGCAGAUAAUUAUUUGUUCCGAUAA